GUUUGACUCUCUUUAUCAGGUCAUUAAUGCUGCAUAAUCCUGAUACAUUCCUAGACAUCAUGGAAUGAAUGCUUAUAUUUGUUAUGAAGAAAUCUGAAGUUCACCAGAGCCUAAUCCAUAACAAUGAAAACAUCUCAUCAUCAUCCCUUUUAUGUCCUCCUCUUUCUUCUCUUAUGCUCCUAUGGCUCUGCAUCAAGUAAUUCAUAUAAUCACCUUCUGCUAGUGUACACAUGGCCCAAUACAUUCUGCCUGGACAGAAGCGUAACAUGUAAAAAACCUGUGCCCCAGAAUUUUGCUUUGCAUGGACUUUGGCCAGCUAACAAAUCUGGGAAAAGUUUGGUAUAUUGUUCCAAGACUGGAAGCAUAUCUCAGGCUUUACAGAAAUAUGAGAGACAACUGGAGAUUUGUUGGUCAUCACUUAGGAGGGAUUUCACAAACAGAGAAUUCUGGCAAUACCAGUGGAACAAACACGGAACCUGCGUGCUGCCAAGAAUGAAUGUAUCACGUUAUUUACAAGUGAUUAUUGCACAAGGAAGAAGAUUCAACUUGUUGAGGGCUUUAUUGUCUCAAAAUAUCAUGCCUAAUGGCUCUUCCUACCCCAGGUCGAGUGUUGAGGCUGCUAUCCUGCUGGAAACAAGGGGCCAGAAAUUCUAUAUAUCGUGCCAAAAUUUCAGAAAUGGUGUUUUGAUCAAAGAAAUUUAUAUCUGUCUAGAUGCUAACGGACGCAAAGUCAUACAUUGCCCCUACAGCAAUAAUCCAAGAGGAUGUGGUAGGAGCAUGAAGCUUGUCUUCCCUGGUCCUGCAUCCAGAAUAUGAGUUCUCAUGUCGCGUGCUUAAUUAUAUUAGCUCCCCUGAAAUGUGAUAUCAGUUGACAAAUUCUUCCCUUCUCUGUGAUGGUAACAGGAGAAGAUGAUGUAAACAGUAGCAAUAAAAAUUCGAUUUAACAUAAAUAUUAUUGUCUAUCUUCUUGAGAUUUGACAAUAGCGAACAUGACUAAAAUGCUGAAACUUUCUGUAGGACUCACAUUUGCAUGAAACAGAGGACGAAAGUAACAAUUAGUCGGAUUCAUAUUGCAUCUAACAUAUUAGGAAAUUCACCCUACCAAAGGAAUCCCCUUAGUGAUAUAACAUAAAAACUAACAUAAGAUGCAACUUUCAAUUAAUUUCCUUCGGUGGUUUCACCAAUACAUAAUCAGAGUACUCUCAUCCAGGGCAACCAUGUCGAAUCUUACUUGUGUUGCUUAGUCUUUUUGUUGUUGCUCUAGGAACAUUCAAACUUUCAGCACUCAGUGAAAAGGAUAACAUAUCAGAGCAAGUUAAAUUUUAUGAGCUCAAGAAAGGGGAAUUUCCCAGUGAAUUAUCCAACAGCUUCAUGAUCAGCUCCGGGUUCUGGCUCCCAACUUCACAGAACUCGAUCAAACUUUCGUCCCAACCGUCAGUGUCGUUUUGCAUACAGAUGUAGCUAAUCAUUUGACGAGUAACCAACGCCAAGAAACCAUACACAAUUGUCCAAAUUUUUUGUUGACCACCUUUUGCAGUUUUGAACAUGUUCAAAGUCUAUUCUUGGCCAU